UAUCAAAACCUCCUAGUACAGCAUGAAGCUCUUGUUGUUCGCUGCCGUCUUGGCUAUUGCCGCUGCCGUUCCUUCCAGCUAUAACCCUGAAUACAAAGCUCCCAGCUACCCUGCAUCAAAAUUCACUACCCCUAGCUACACCGCACCCAAGUACCCUACGCCUAGCUACCCCACACCAGCCUACCCCACACCAAGCUACAAGGAUAACAAAUACGCUGACAUUACAGUCACUAGCCAAUCCGACGAGCGCAACAUCGAUGGCAGCAGCCAGUGGAGCUACGGCCAGUCUGACUACACAACCCGUGAAGAAUCUCAAGUUCAGAAGAAGAUGCAAGGAGUCGCUUACGAUUCUUACGGAAAGGCCACCUACGAAGAUGUUAUGGGCAACACUAACAAGGGAUCUUCCUACUGGAUUUCCCCUGAAGGCGACAAGUUCACUUUGACCUGGACCGCUGAUGAUGCUGGAUUCCAGCCCAAAGGUGAUCACUUGCCCGUGGCCCCCGUCCAUGAAUACGAGUUGCCCGUCGCCCCCGUUCAUGAAUACGAGCUCCCAGUUGCGCCUGCUCUCCCUUAUUCACGCACUGGACCCGGUUACUAAGUUGUAAAUUUUCCUUACGUGAAAUUUGAAUGGCAUGAACCAUCCAAGUGUAAUUUACUGAUGAGAAAUAAACGCAAAUUAUGUUUUGA